GGACAUGGAUUACUUCCACAAGCUGGAGAGAGCGAGGCGAAUGCAGCUGCCAACUGCACCCUAAACCUUCGAUUUGCCUUUAAACCCUGCAAAAGCCUCGCCGAUUUCACUCGCUUUGUCCCCCCCGACCUCUCGUUCGCAGGCUCUUUGAAGAGCCCCAAUCUCUUCUCUGAUGAAGAAGACCUUCACGCUCCUCCACACCGUCGCCGCCGCGGGAGUCUUCUCUGCCAUUUCCUUCUGGUACGGGUUCAUGUUUGGGAGGGAAUCGGCUCGCAAGGAGCUCGGCGAUCUGAUCGAUGGUCUUCGAAGGAACAGCGACGGCGGCGCAGAUUCCGCGUCUCACACGUGAAAGAAAGUUAGAGUUCUGGAUUUUCAGUUUAAUAUAUUGACAUGGUACGUGUCAUCUUUUUGAAAUGGAUGAAAAAGAAGUAGCAGCCAGCCCUACAACCCUUCAAAAAAGGCAACAAGAGAAGAAACGCUCACAAAUUUUUCCUCUGCUGAGUUUUUUGCGGGAGAGACAAACUGAAGAAGGAAAUUAUGGAACACAAAUCGGUCUUGCAUACAGAAGUUGCUAUUAUAGUUCAGAUUCUGUCAGCCAAAGAGCAAACAAAAUUUGAGAGAAAAAGACGGACUAUAGUAAACCCAGAUAUUGGGUCUACCCCUCUUCCUGUAUAUGGAAAUAAUCUUGAAAAAUUACAUUGACUGACCCAUACAUCUGUCGAACUUUCGUUUCUAAAUACUUGGCAUGCCAUGCCAGAAAAUUUGUUUUAUAUGCGCUAGAGUAGUAUAUUCUUCUCCCCAGUAUGCUGCAUAAUCAUACAUCAACGUGCCCA